GCCAAUGGCCGGGCGGGGCGGGGCGGGGCGGCCGGCUCUACCCACGGCGCGGUUGGAACGCGGCUGUGGAUCUGAGUUGUUGAGUGCCACCAUGUUCCAGGACGCUGAGGCCGAACCGGCCAAGCCUAGCUCCAGGGUAUUGAAGCCCCCAGGCGGAGAUUCUAGCAAUCUCUUUGGGAGUACAGAAGAAGUAUCUUCUUCAAGCAGGCCACACCGGAUGGCAUCCAAUAUCUUUGGAGCAUCAGAACAACCUCAGAACAUUCCAAAAAGAACAAACCCUCCAGGAGGAAAAGAAAGUGGCAUUUUUGAGGACUCUAGUUCUGCUCAGCCUCGUCCACGCAUGAAUCCACCUGGUGGGAAGACAAGCGAUAUCUUUGGGUCUCCUGUCUCUCCUAGCAUUGUGCGAGCACACCCAAACAAACCCAAGGAUCACAUUGUCUUGAAAGAAGAGGAAAUACCAAAGAAGCUAGAAGAAAAUAUCAAGCCACACCUGGAAGAUGGAGGCGAGAAAAAAGCUCUGGGCAAAGAGAAGCAAUGCAAAGAACCAGAACCCAAGAUAGACAAUCAUGAACCUCGACUAGGGCCAAGGCCACGCUCGCACAACAAAGUCCUCAAUCCACCAGGGGGAAAAUCCAGCAUUGCAUUCUAUUAGGGUCAUCGUGUCACUGUCACUAAUGGAGAAACUCUUGUCUCUGGUGGUGAGGUCAGUCUAUACACUAUUGCUUGGGAAUAGAUUCUUAGGCAGAUGGAUGAAGGUUAUGUUAGAGUGCGUAGCAAGGAUAACCUGGUGAUUUGGGGAGGAAGGGCUGGGGAGGGAAUGGGUGCCUUGUGGAAGAUGUGAGUAUUGGGUGGGUGGCAGAGCCGGACAUUAGUGUAACUUUGUGAAAAAUCAGUGCUACUUAGUGGUGAGUUCCUCAGACUGUUAGGUUCUUAGCUAGCUUAUGGCUCAGUAUGCUCUUGUGGAAUCAAGCUUAUCCAUACAGUCAACAUGUCAGACAUUGUGAUUGGGAAGGGGCCUGGAAGUCACACCUGAAGAUUCUGAAGUACAGCAGGCAGGCUUGGCUUUCCCCUAGGCAAUGGGAAGCAACUUCACAGUGCGAGCUGACUUGCAGUCAUGUGAAUAUAAAUAUGUUCCACUGGAACAAGUAGUGCUGCUGUGGUUAAGAGUGUCUUCAGUCAUUGCUUUUUUUUCUCCUUUCUUGCUUGCAGCACUUGAUUGCUAAUACAAGGACAAAAUAUGCUUCAAGUUUCUUUUAUACUCACAAACCAUCAUAUGUUUGUAAAGAUUGUGGUCUUCCCCUCCCCAGGUAUUCAGGUCUUUUGGAUGCCUUUAGUAAUUUGUUGAUUAUUGUGACUAGCUCUUCACACGUGGCAGUCCAACAUGCUGUUUCAUGUAGGUGCUUCUAGUUAAGUGCUUGUAUGUUUUCUGGUAAAGAUGUGGGUGCAAACAAUAGCUUUUUGGUAUUCUUUGAACAGAGGCAACUAGGAAGUUUACAGUUACCAUGGAGAAUAUGAUGAGGUGUCAGCCAGGUCAUUCUGACCCAGCUUGUGUUGAAAGGGCUUAGCUUCAGCAAAGGUUUUAACUUGGCUCCCCAUGGAAACUAGGACUGUUCUCCUGUCUCCACCACAGUGAAUUUUUUGUUGGUACUGCCUGUGCUGAGUCUGUUAGUGAAUUCUCCUGUCAUCAGCCUUACCUUUGCCUUUGACUGUGAUUUUUGUUGGUAAGGUUGGGAGAACUAUGUGAGUUCUCCCCAGUCUAGAGCUGUAGUUGAUUUUGCUGCAGAUUACCUUAGCUGGAAAAACAAAGCCAGCACAAACAGAAGGUUUGUAUUACUAAAAUCUGUCAUAAAUCAUGUUUGGAAGAUGUGCUUGUUUUACAUAGAUGGUUUUGCAAGAGGGUUUGUUCUCUGAAUGGAUUUUAUUAUCAUAUUCAGAGCUUUGAUAGAUGAAUGUUAACUCCAGGUGCUUACUGUUAAAUAUAUUGAAUACUGACCUUUAUCAAAACAGGAGUUGUUCAGGUACACCAAAGAACAAGUGGCCUUAUUGUGUAUAUUCACUGCUGUUCUAGCCCAUGUUCCCUGGGAACUGCUGCCAUUGAGAUGGGAUACUGGGCCAGGUGCUAAACCUCUCUGUGAUUGUAAUGCUUCCUAAACCAGUUCCCUUGUGUCAACAGCAGUGGGUGACUGCUUUAAGACUUAGUUGCCUUUUCGAAUAGUGAAACAUGUGGAGCAGUGCUAGGAUAGAAACAGCUAUGGAAAGUAGGGAUUUAAAUGCCUUUGUACCUUUCAGAUUGGUUUGGAGCUGCCUGUUAAUUUCCCCCCAGGAAAACAAGGCAGUAGCUAAAACUGCAACCCUGGAAUGAACUUAUGUAUGUUACUUCCAAACUUGUAUUUCUUAGCAGCUCUUCCUGAGCCUGUGCUCCCCAGCCUCGGGCUGAGUCUCAGACACAUUAGCUAUUUCAGUUCCUUGUUCCAGUACUUGACGGGAAGCUGUCAUGUAGAAAAGUCAACCAGAGGCUGCUUCCUACAUUGCAGGCUCUGGUGUAGCUGAUGCUAUUUGCAAUACAAAGCAUUUGGCAUCUUUUAGUAGCUGAUGUACAUUGGCUUCAGUGCCUGUCUUUUAAAGAGCCACUUCUAACUAGGCCUUAAAUUAGUUAAACUAUGUUAAUUUUCUUGCAUGUCUUUCUUUGGAAUCUAAACAACGUUUUCAACUUUUUCAAGUAAGAUUGAUCUUAGCAUUUCUCUGGGACAGAAGGGGAUUGGAAAUCAAAUGACAGAACAUGCAGUUAUCAAUAAACCUCUGUAUUUUGUUACUUCA